UUUGGUCUCGUUGAGCAGCAUCGUCGUCGCGCUGCAGUUGAAGUCUGAGAAUUUAUAAGUGAUAAAUUCUUGUCUAAUUUAGUGUGUUUUACGAGCGGAAAGUGUUUUCUAGAAUGAAGAAGCUGUUGAUCUUUACUUUGCUGGUACUUCCAGCGGUUCUCCUCACGGUGGACGGUGGUUCCCGGUUGAUGGCCUAUGCCACUGAGGAUGAAUUGGAUGAGGAACUAGAUGUUGAGGUGGAAUCGGAUGACGCGUCCGUGAUACAUACCGAUGAACCAGAAGCAGAAGAUGAGCCGGAAACAACAAAAUCCCCCGACGCCGAUACGUUCCUCCUGUUUACUCGUCCUCUGCACUCAUCUGGAUCGCAACUUGAACUGCCUGCUGGAUACCCAGUGGAAUUCCUGGUCGGAUUUACCAACAAGGGAAGCGAUGAUUUCAUCGUUGAAACCGUCGAAGCUUCCUUCCGUUAUCCAAUGGACUUCAACUACUUUAUCCAGAACUUCUCGGCCAUCGCCUACAACCGUGAAAUCAAGCCAGGUCACGAAGCUACCGUUUCGUACUCGUUCCUGCCAUCAGAAUCGUUCGCUGGACGUCCAUUUGGAUUGAACAUCGCUCUGAACUACCGCGAUGCCAGUGGAAACCAGUUCACCGAAGCCGUUUACAACGAAACCGUGUCCAUCACCGAGGUCGAUGAGGGACUGGACGGAGAAACGUUCUUCUUGUAUGUAUUCUUGGCGGCCGUUGUCGUUCUGCUGCUGGUAUUGGGUCAGCAGUUCCUGGGAUCGUACGGCAAGCGCAAGCGUUCGCCAGCUGUCCGAAAGACUGUCGAGACCGGAACCACCAGCACCAAGGACGUAGACUAUGAGUGGAUCCCAGCUGAGACGCUCAAGAAAAUCCAAAACUCUCCCAAGGGUGGUAAGGUAUCGCCCAAGCAAAGCCCACGGCAGCGAAAGGCGAAGCGAGCCGCCGGUUCGGACGAGUAGAUCGCAUUUAAGUAGCUUAGUAACAACGACAACAUCAACAACAACACAACAGAAGCUUGCGCGGCCGCCCCAGGGAGAUAUGCCCAGCUCCUGUAUCAAUGUUGGGAGAUUAUAGCUUGGCAUGUCAACGAUGCCAAGCGAAACCUCAAAUAGCGCGCAAAAAGCGAAAAUCCUUUCAGUUCGAUGAAACAAAUCGUAGGAGUACUUUUAAGUUUUGCAAUCAUUGAUUCUGUUUUCAAGCAUCGCAUCCAUUCGAGAGAUAUAACAAGUUUACUAUUUAA